AUGGCUGGAGACCGAAACAUCAUCUUUGACAAGACGUUCGCCUCUUCAGACAUCAUUGCUUCCAGAAGGGUCGACAAGAACUAUGUGUACAAAGGCCAGCAUGUACGACGCAUUACCGAUACGUCCAUUGGUAUGGCACUAAUGCCCAGAAUCUCGAUCGCCGAUGACUCGAUCUUUCUGUUAGAAGGAGCCAGUGUUCCCUUUGUGUUGAGGAGAGCCAAAGGCCAAGACGAAGCUUCAACAAAUGAGUACACUUGGGAAGUGAUCGGACCUGCGUAUGUACGAGGAGUGAUGCAGGGAGCUCUGGGAGCAAGUCAAACAUCGCACAAGCAUGGUGCAUCUGAUAUAGACCUUUCAGCCGUCUUAAAUCUUGAGUCAAUCUCAGGGUAACAACGCCGUAUUGCUGCAAACUCUAAGCCAGCUGUUGACGUCACUUAGCGUCGAAUCGUGCAGUUGCCUCAACUGACGGCUUUGCCUGCC